AUGAUGAUUAAAUAUAUCACAAUUGCUAUUUUAUUCAUUGCUUCAUUAGUCAAAGCUGAUCUCCAAUUCAGUUUAUGUCCAACAUGCGUCGACUUCAUCAAUAACGAUAUGGGUGAUUUAGAAAAAAUUAUUUCAGGUGGUAUUGCCACUUCAUGUGGUGCCGUUUGUUCAUUACUCCCAAAUAAUAUUGAACAAGGUGCUUGCAAUCUUUUAUGUGAUAUCGUUGGUAUUGAUGAAUUCCUUAAAGUUUUCAAUAACAUUGGUGAAGAUGCUGAUCCAGUUUGGAUUUGUGAAGAAUUAACUGUUUGCCCAAAAAAUCAAAAUAGUAAUGCCACUGUUUUAACUAGCGAUGUUUCACCAGCUUCUGGUCCACACGGUACCACUUUCACCAUUGGUGUUGCUUACAAAGUUGAAUCAACUCUCGGUACUGGUGAAGUUGCUGUUAUGGUAACUGACCCAACUGGUUCAAAUGGUUUUGGUGAUGCUCAAUUAAUUGUCAACACUCAACCAGGUCAAUACUCAACUAGUUUUUCAUUCGCCGCCACCCCAUCUGAAGAUGAACAAUUCCCAGCUGGUGUUUACCAAGUUCAAUUAAUGAUCUGUGAAGGUAGUUGUGGUGCCAAACACAGUGUCACCUUUAACUCUGUCUACGCUAACUUCACCGUCACCAGCGGUCCAUCCGUUACUGGUCAAAUGACUGGUACCGGUUCAGGUUCAGGUUCAGGUUCAGGCUCAAGCUCAGGCGCUGCUUACUUAAGAUAUUAA